CCCCCUCCCUUUGUGUUGAGGCAGCUGCAGCACAUUUGAAUGUAUAUAGGGGGGAUUUGAAAGGACCAUUACCAAUGGGCCAUCUGUCUCCCAGCCAGCAGUAGCAGCACACACUAGGAUCAGCCUGUCUAUACAGUCACAGUGAUCAGCACCAGGGGUUGCAAGCACUGUCUCUGCCAGCAUGGUGUUAGUCCACGUAGGAUAUCUUGUUCUUCCAGUCUUUGGCUCUGUACGGAACCGAGGUGCCCCAUUUCAGCGUUCCCAGCAUGGCCAUGCUACCUCCUGCCGACACUUCCAUCUAAGCCCUCAACCUCAGCUUCCCGACUUCCCUAUCCAUCCUCACCCGGUUCAGCCACAACAAGGAAUGACCUCUCACAUGGCUUCUGCUCACCAGCAUAAUGGACCACUGCACCAGCCCCUGCCACCUUUGACUGGUCUACAGCUUCAGGAGGUGGCAGGACCCUCCUUCCUACCUCAGGCCCUACACCAGCAAUACCUUCUCCAGCAACAGCUCCUGGAGGCUCAGCAUCGCAGGCUAGUCGCGCAUCCCAGGCGGACUCAAGAGCAAAUGUCUGUGCAUCCACAUCGGUUACGCCCAAGCUUUGACUUCAACCAACAAGUACAAAUGCAUCAACCUCUAGGGCCCAGGUACUUGGCUGAAGGAACAGACUGGGACCUCAGUGUAGAUGCCAGUUUGACGCAUCCUCAGUUCCAAGUACGACCUGUCCCACAGCACUAUCAGCAUUACUUAACGAGUCCUCGCCUACACCACUUCCCAAGGACCACAUCUCUAACACAAAUGGAACUGCUGCAGCUAGAAGACAGACUGGGAAGUGUGACGCGAGGAGCCGUGCAGAACAUCAUAGAAAGGUGUACGUUUCCACACAAGUACAAGAAGAGAAUGCCACAUGGUGGAAAAGACACAAAAGAAGAUGAGGAGGAGACGGACACGGAUGAAAAGUGCACAAUCUGCCUAUCGAUGCUUGAAGACGGAGAGGACGUGAGGAGGUUACCCUGCAUGCACCUGUUCCACCAAGUCUGCGUUGACCAGUGGUUGGCGACCAGUAAGAAGUGUCCAAUCUGCCGAGUGGACAUUGAAACGCAACUGGGAGAAGACAGUUGAGAGAAAGAGGACUUUUGUCAGGAUCCCAUGUUCCUUAUCAGGUCACGUGGCCAUAGCCUGCAACAAAACUUUUGCCUUCUGAGCCAUUUGUUUUAGAGGACAGCCUGCAAGCACAUUAUUCAGUAGUCGAAUUGUGGGCAUGUAACAAUUACCAGAGGAUCUUAACAGCCAUAAUGCCCUGUUGCAUUGGAAGCUGGCCUUCCUAGAGCCAAAGAGGGCGAUUGCUGGAGAUGGAGACUAGCUCUUGGAGGUACUAGUGUGGUAGUCUGGCUUGCCAAUCCUGCACUUCAGAGGAUUGUAUAUAUACCUCUCCGAUAAGUAGAAUCAAGUUAGGGGUACUUAGCUACAGUAUUUAUGUGGACGGCAUCUGGAGCAUGUUAGCUUAUUUCAAAAAAAUGUUCUGUGUUUGAUGCCCUAGUCAUCUUGUGGUGGACAUGUUGCUAUUAGCCUAAUUUUGCACCAAAUAUUUUUUUUUUUAUUUAUAUAUAAUUUUUUUUCAUUUUGUCUAUUUUUUUUUUGGUGCUUGGUUGAGCCAUAGUGGUUGAUACAUCAAAAUUUCCCAAACUUCCAAAAUAAGAGGCUACAAAAAAAAGGAAAAAAAAAUCCUGUUUACAGAAAAAUAGAGAAAAUGCAUAGCCUUAGUUUGUUCUUUUAUGUUAAAUAAUUUAUUUAUUACACUUGUUAUGUUUACAAAGGGUUAUAUAAAGGACAUUCAACUUUUCAGGUGAUUACCUUGGUUUACUCUGCUUUUGCUGGGACCAUUAUAUAAAACGUAAUCCCACCGUAGCUACUACAGUCCAUUUUCUCCAUCAUUAUGGUUCAGUAUCCCCAAGAGACCUGAGUGCACUGCACUGAUCAUUUGUGAGGGGCUUUCAAAUGCUUAACGUAGACAAUUUAAUAACUGGUUUAAUAUUGCUAUUAGCUCAAGUCUCAAGACCCCACAAUCUAUUGGUAACCCCAUGAUAUCAGGCGAUUACAUAACUUACAAUGGGUUGUAUUCUACUUUAGUUCAGGUGCCAAAAUGUAUUCUAUAAGGACAAGAGAGAGUUUUUAUUUAAUUUUUCAAACUUUUCAUUUUUUUGUAACUUCUCUACAACCCAUUUCACAUUCCAUAGUACGUAACACAUACCAUUUUUGAAGAAUUAAAAAAAUGUAAAAAAAUGUUUCCCCCUUUAGAGCUUGCAUAAAAAAUUAAUUGUAAGAAAAAAAAAUUACCUACUUAGUAGUAGGGGAAUAGUACCCACUGCUGCAUGCAGGGGCGUAUCUAAAGGCUCAUGGGCCCUGCAAGAGUUCAGUUUGGGCCCCCCUUCCCUCAGUGCUUUGUGGCCAGGGGCAGAGAAGCACAUAGCCU